AAUUCAUCAAAUGCACCCUUAAAAUAACUUUAUGUACAAUUAAUAGGGCUAUAUGUAUCCUUAACAAUAUAUGUAUCCUCAUCCUCAUCCACCUCCAAAUUACGUAUUUCCAUAAUCUAUGCAACCUCCUUAAUUUUAUUAUAUGAAUCCCUAAAAUCCAGCCAUGUAUUAAUACAACAUUGGAUAAUAACAAUAACAAUAAUAACAAUAAUAGCAAUCACAAAGAAUCAAAUGUAAUCAACCCAAAACAAAAGAGUAGGAACUCAAAUAAUAAAAACAACAAGCAGUUAAACAGCAACCAAAUUAACUUAUGCAAUAGUAGAUAGAAAUGUAGAAAACAAACUUGAAGAUCUUAACUGAACAAUAAAUUAGAGAUCAAGUGGGAUCUAUUACAAAAUAAGGGUUUUGUCAUUAUUGCAAUAAGAAUGGGAAGAUGUGUUAUUAUUGUUUCAGUAAUUAUCGAUCGACAGACUGUAGACAUGGAUUUUGUUUUGAUUGUUUGAUGUUCAAAUUCAAGGUACAAAUUUAAGUUAAUUGAUUCAUUAGAUAAACCCAAUUAAGAUAUUACUCAGACCUGAUUGGAGUUGUCCUAUCAAAUGCAAAUAAUGUAUUUGUAGCCGAUGCACUAAUAUAAAUCAUAUGGAUUCAGAUUAAUUCAUUUCUAAUGACUCUGUGGAGAGUUGCAAUAAGUAUGCUCAUAUUAUAGAGAACACUAAGAAAAUUAAAAAGUAAUAUUAAAAGAAGAAGAACAUAAUAAGAGAAAUGUUUUAAGUAAAAUUUUAGCAAUUAGAUCCAAAAAAGAAGAAAUAACAAUAGGUAAAAAAUUGGAAUAAAGGUAGUCAAUGAAGAAGACUCUACUCCUCAAUAAGAUAAAGAAGCAGAUGUAGUUUUCAUAGGAAUGUAUAUUGAAAUUGAAGUAGAAACAUAGUUAAAAUGAUGAAUAAAUAUUGCAUUAGGUAGUGAGAUAUAAUUUUGGUUCUUUGAUCGAUUUGUUUAAGGAAUAUAAGUCAGCUUGA